AUGCCCCAGCCCAAAUUGCUUUCUUUCGACGCUUUUGCGAAGACCGUGGAGGACGCAAGGGUCAGGACACCCGCUGGUGGAAUAAUUACUCUUAUUUGUGUAAUAGUGGUGCUUUACCUAAUCAGAAAUGAAUAUCUGGAGUACACGUCCAUCAUCAACCGUCCAGAAUUGGUUGUGGAUCGAGAUAUUAACAAGAAAUUGGAGAUAAAUUUGGACAUCUCGUUCCCGGAUAUCCCCUGUGAUGUGUUGACAAUGGAUAUUUUGGACGUUAGUGGCGAUCUUCAGGUGGAUUUGUUGCUGUCUGGAUUUGAAAAGUUUCGGUUGUUGAAAGACGGGCUGGAAAUUCGAGAUGAAUCGCCGGUGAUGAGUAGUGCUGGCGAGUUGGAGGAACGUGCUCGCGGUAGAGCUCCCGAUGGGCUGUGUGGGUCGUGCUACGGUGCACUUCCUCAGGAUGAAAAUCUGGAUUACUGCUGUAAUGACUGUGAAACCGUUCGUCUUGCGUACGCCCAGAAAGCUUGGGGGUUCUUUGACGGCGAGAACAUUGAGCAGUGUGAGAGAGAGGGAUAUGUGGCUCGUUUGAACGAAAAAAUUAACAACUUUGAAGGUUGCCGAAUUAAGGGAACAGGUAAAAUCAAUAGAAUUUCCGGCAACCUUCACUUUGCUCCGGGCGCCUCAUUUACAGCUCCAGGAAGCCACUUCCACGACCUUUCGUUGUUCAACAAAUACGACGAUAAGUUCACGUUUGACCAUGUUAUCAACCAUUUGCUGUUUGGCCUGGAUCCUCACAACAUACAAUUUUUUGAAAAACAGCUGACCCAUCCCUUGGACAAAAGUUCCAUGAUCCUCAAGAGCAAGGAUAGGCUUUACUCGUACUAUCUCAAGGUGGUGGCUACGAGAUUUGAAUUCUUGACACCAAACACUCCAGCUUUGGAAACCAACCAAUUCCUGGUGAUUUCACAUCACCGUCCAUUGGCUGGAGGAAAAGAUGAUGAUCACCAGCACACCCUUCAUGCUCGAGGAGGACUCCCCGGUGUGUUUUUCCACUUUGAAAUUCUGCCCAUGAAAAUCAUAAAUAAGGAACAGUAUGCAAAGACAUGGUCUGGGUUUGUGUUGGGAGUCAUUAGUUCCAUUGCUGGUGUGCUUAUGGUGGGAGCGUUGCUCGACCGGUCGGUGUGGGCUGCCGAGAGGGUGAUACGAGCUAAAAAAGAUGAAUGA